AUGCAGACGCCUAUCAACGGCUUGGAGCUGGGGGUGGACCGGAACUCGAAUGUGCUCAAUUUGACGAGUACCUUUCCGCUUCAUGCCGACACCGAGUUUAUGAGGGUGGAUUAUGACUAUGGUACAACGCAUCGAGAUGAGUACUUUCUGUUUGGCGAUCUUGUCGUACUAGGCUGUGACACAGGCGCCGAUUGUGAUCAGUGUCCUGAGGGGUCGGAGCUUAACGCCGAGCGCAGUGGCUGUGACACUUGCGCUGCUGGUAGCUAUCGCUCGGCUGGAAUGAACGAGUGUGCCGUGUGCGCGGACGGCACCGAGCCGUCAG